UAAAAACCUAAUUUGUACUUGAUUUAUGAAUGAAAAAUGGCUGAAAAUAAAGCUGGUGUACGAUUUCUGAAUAAAGUUGCUAUAGUUACAGGCGGAUGCCAGGGAGUUGGAAAGGGAAUUCUGGAUGUACUUUUGGAGCAGGGCGGGAAGGUUGCUGUGUUUGACAUUAAUGACAAGCUUGGCUCAGAACUGACGACUUCCGGCCCAGGAAUUGUGAAAUAUGUUCACUGUGACGUGCGAAAUGAGGCGGAAGUUAAGAGGUCGAUAGCAUACGUUGUUGAAGGAUUUGGUGGACUGGAUCUUCUUGUGAACAACGCUGGAUAUGCAAAUCCAGCAAAAACGAUAGACGAUUCAGAAAUAAGUGCUUUCCAAGACCUGCUCAACCUAAAUCUAGUGGCUUAUUUCACCAUGUGCAAGUAUUCCCUACCGCACCUGCGAAAGACAAAGGGCAGCGUUGUAAACAUUUCCAGUAUCCUUGGUUCUACCGUUGGACCGAAACACAUGAGCAUGUACUGCGCAACAAAAGGUGGCGUAACAGCUUUAACAAAAUCGUUGGCCUAUGACGAAUCAGUACAUGGAGUUCGGAUAAAUAGUAUAGCGCCAUCUGUGGUCAGAACGCCGCUUCUGGAAGAAUUUGCUUCAUCAUUACCGGAUCCACAAAAACAGAUCAAGAACUGGGAAGACAGUGUGCUGCUAAGGCGCCUUGCUGAGCCAAAAGAGAUCGGACUGGCAUGUCUUUACCUGGCUGUAGACGCUACAUUCACCACGGGCUUUGAGCUUAACUGCACAGCUGGGUCUGAAAUCGGAUAUGGAGUUAAACAAUAAACAGUCAAACGUAUGAUUUCCCCGAUUAAACUCUUAAUAUGUAAUUAAGCUUUACAAGUUACAAUGCAAGUGGCACUUUUGUUUUUGUUUGCGUUCAGGAUAUGACUUUAGCCGUUCCUGCUCUAAUUAAAAUGCUUUGUUUAUAAUACUGUUUCACAAAUACAAAUCAUUUUGAUUUUUUUAUGAUAUAUAUUACCAUGACAACACAACA